AGAGAGGGAGAGGAGGAGGGGAGAGAGAGAGAGAGAGAGACUGCAGUCCACUCCUCCGUCCACUCUUCAGUCGGCAUCGAGCAUCAAUGUGCCAAACGGACUCUGUUGGAUUCGGAGCGCAGAUUGAGUCCACUGAGUCUUCUGAGUCUUCUCCUGGAAACUUCACUGACUAACUUCUCUGCAGGGAGUCAAGAUCUGUUCUGAAACUCUCCAGUUGUUCUACAUCAGCUGUGUGUGUUUAUCAGAGCUCAAAUCAAACCUCGGACACUUCUGACUUCUGACUGCCGGAGUGGAGAGAAAUCAACCCUCUUAAACGUCCUCUCCGGAUCCUCCAACAUCUGCAGGAUUUGGGACUGCUUUCAUCUUUAAAUGUUUUCAUCCACGGACUCCUGUCCUCCUGCCUCUCUCCUGCCUGUCUCCUGCGCGUCUUUGUCAUUGUAAUGUCGGUGUGAUCUCCGCGCGUCUGGCUCUUUGUCGCUUUGCAUUUCAGCGCAGUGAGGAGGUUUUUCUCUCCUGGCUGGAAUAAAGAAGAAGUCUGCAGAAGAAAAACGUGGAUCUGUUUCACUUUUUUUUUUUGUUUUCCUUUGGAUUGAUUUUGAGUUUAUUUAUUCCUCACCAAACUCUGAUUCCUGGAGAAACCUCCGAGGAUGUUGCUCCUCUGCUUGAACCCUCCCUCCUGGUCCACCUGUAGGUUUCUCUUCUGCUUUCUGUUGCUGCUCCAAACACCCAGAACCUCCUCUCCGCUAAUUACAGGUACCGAGGCAAGCUGUGAGAAUGAAGGAGAAGUCCUCCACAUCCCCAACAUCACUGACAACCCCUGCAUCACCUGCGAGUGUCUGGAGGGGAAGGCGGACUGUAAACAGGAGAAAUGUCCACUGGUCUCUGAGGACUGUGCUCUGGUGGUGAAACAGACCGGAGCCUGCUGCGAGAGGUGUAAAGGUUGCAUGUUGGAUGGACGAUCUUAUAACAGCUCAGUAUCCUGGACCAGCUCCACCAAACCCUGCAUAACCAGACGCUGUCAGGAAGGUGUCAUCACUGAGGCGGACGUACGGUGUGUCGUCCACUGCAAGAACCCCAAAAUCCACCCCAAGAAGUGCUGCCCCACCUGCCCUGGUUGUAUCUUUGAGGGUCGCCUGUACAAAGAGAAGGAGGAGUUCAGUCCUGAAGGCAAACCCUGCAUCAAGUGCACCUGCACUGGAGGGCGGACUCUCUGCAUGAGGGAGGUGUGUCCUGUCCUUUCCUGCCCCGCCCAUCUCAGCCACACCCCGCCUGGACAGUGUUGUCCCAGAUGUCUUGGUCAGAGGAAGGUGUUUGAUCUGUCUUUAGGAAGCUGUCUGUUCCACAGCGAAGUUUACGAGAACGGCACGUCCUUCAUACACGACAACUGCACCACCUGCACCUGCAAGGAUUCCACGGUGGUGUGCUCGAGGCGGUGCUCUCGACCGGGGAGUUGCCAAGGCGACCAGUGCUGCGAGGAGUGUCUGUCCUACGUGAAGGUGGAGGAGGUGAAGUACUGCAGAGUCCGGAACAAGAUCUACAGGGAAGGAGACAUGUGGUCGUCAGUUAACUGCACUCUCUGUGCCUGCGUUAAAGGAAGCAUCGAGUGUCGGCCCAAACAGUGUGUACCAAUCACCACCUGCCCCUCGAAUAAGAUCCUGAACAGGACCGGCUGCUGUCCAGUUUGCACUGAAAAGCCGGGUGUAUGUACGGUGUUUGGCGACCCUCACUACAACACCUUCGACGGCAGGACCUUUAACUUUCAGGGAACCUGUCAGUACGUACUGACUCGUGAUUGCGGCAGCGUCCCCUCUGGAGGACUAGGAAACAACAUCAACGGGCCAGACUCCAGCUUCAUUGUGUUAGUGAAGAACGACGCCCGGCGGACUCGUUCCUUCUCCUGGACUCAGUCUGUUGAGGUGAGACUGGGAGCUUUGAUUCUCAGCCUCCACCAGCACCUGACGGUUCGGAGGAACGGCACCCGCAUCGCCCUGCCCUACCACGGCCCCGGGGUGCACAUCGACCUGGACGGAUACCUGCUCAAACUCACCACCAUCGCAGGUCUGGAGAUCACGUGGGACGGUGACAGUUUCGUGGAGGUCGUGGCUGCCCCCCACCUGCGUGGACGCCUCUGCGGCCUUUGUGGCAACUACAACGGCCACAAGCGCGACGACACCAUGGGAGGCGACGGCCACUUCAAAUUCGACGUGGACGAGUUUGCCGAGUCGUGGCGAGUCGAGGGGAACGAGGUUUGCUCCCAGCAGCAUCCGCCUCGACGCCCGGCCUCCUUCCUGUGCCCCGGCAGCGUCAAAGUCAAGUUCCGCGCCCACCGGGAGUGCCAGAAGAUAAAGUCGUGGGAGUUUCAGAAGUGCCACCGUGUGAUUGACUUCGCCCCUUUCUACAGGUCGUGUGUGACGGACAUGUGUGAGUGUCCGGUCCAUAAAAACUGCUACUGUGAGUCCUUCAUCGCCUACAGCCGAGCCUGCGAGAGGGAGGGAGUCCCCGUCCUCUGGAAGGCCGACACCGCCUGUAUGGCCACCCAGUGUAAACACGGCGCGGUGUACGACACCUGCGGACCGGGCUGCACCAAAACCUGCGACAACUGGAACGAGAUCGGACCGUGCCACAAGCCCUGCGUGGCCGGCUGCCACUGCCCCGCCAACCUGGUGCUGUUCCAGGGACGCUGCAUCAAACCCACAGCCUGCCCCGGCCGGUGACCCUUGUGACCCUGGGGGGAGGUGGGGAGGGGGGGGUAGGUGGUUAGGUUGGGGACGGUCAUUUAUAGUAUCACAAUUAGGGCGCCAAACAAACCGAGGAGAGUUUGGGAGGACGCAAAAAGGGUUACAAAUUGACAGAUCAGAUGCGACACGGUACUCAGGGUCCAGAUCUAUCUGACGUUAGAGAUACAAGCUAAGGUGAUAGUACCGGAAACUCCGUGGAUGGGAGGCUGAUCCUCGCAUGUACUGUCACGAUACCAGUCACCGCCACCGGAGGCGCUAAUAUCAGUCCUGUAGAGGAAGAACUGAACUCCCAGGAGAAAACUCAGGGGCCCUAUUUGGAGAUUUUCGACCUUUUGAGGAACAUUUGUCCACGCUGCCAUGGACCCUCAGGAAACUAUUUGGGCCAGUGGACUCCAGCUGGAGCCAACACGGCGUCCAAAUACCUCUCACAGACUCUCUAAAGUGAGAAACUGAGCAUCUGCAUUUGGAAUAAGGAGAUUCAAAGCAGAGAAACUCUCUGAUGCAUCAUAUCAAACUUCCCUCGUGUUCCAUCAUUUCAUACUGUAAGCUAGCCAGAUUUAUAUGAAAGACAGACAGCUUUUAUAUUAUUAUUGUUCUAAUUAUUAUUAUUAUUAUUAUUAUUAUUAUUAUUAUUUGUCGUUGAUGUUAAUUUAUAUAUCGGUCGAAUGACAUGUCGUAGCAAGAGCCAGAAUCAUGAAUAUAAUUGCGUUAUAAAUGAUUUAAAGGGAAACAAAAAGCUAUUUAUGUAUUUGUUGUGUACUUUUGUGUUACUGUUUGAAGAGAAAUGCCCAAAUGUGACUCAGUUGUUGCACCAUCGCAGGGAAAAAGUACUGUAUUGUAAUAUGCUCCGUGUACAGGUUGUUGUGGUUCGUAUCAAACUGAAGGUGUUCAACUAAGCAUAUGUUUCACUUGACGAUUAAUUAUUUAAGACCAGCAAUAUAAUCUUUUAUCGAAGUUCAUUUCUGACUGCUGUCUUUACUUUCCUCAGUGUUAAAAACUUUAAUUGUCAAAGAAGACCCGAAGAUUGCUGGUUCAAAUCCCCAAAGGAACUGGAGGCAUCUGGAAGGCAUCUACUUGUACCUUUGAGCAAAGCCCCAUGUCCUUUAAUUUGAUGAUAAGAAAAAAAGAAAACAACGAAAUUCUCAAAAUAAUGUUUAUUUUGCAGACUUUUCUCUAACCUUUGCUUUUUUCUUGUGAAAUAUUGUUUUUCUCUUUCAGGCCUCUGAAAAGGAUUCAAAUUAAACAAUCUGAGAGGUGGAAAA